AUGGCCCAUGUUUCCAUUGCACACAAACACAUUGAAAUUCCAAACAGUGAUGGAUCUACCACCAUUUCGGACGAGGAACAAUGUACCCAUGAGCUGUUAAAGUUAGAAAUCACGGACGUUAUUCCACUGGAAUUUUUCAUCCAAUAUUUUGAAGAAUUUGAAGAUGAAGAUUUUAUCAACAGCAUCAACAUGAUAAUCCAGGAAUACAAACAUCUUUGCCAUGAAAAUGAAAUAUUUAUACAAUACCUUAAAGAUAAUGAACCAUCAAUGCUUUCAACUUUUGAGGAAGCAUGCAAAAAAAUACAAGCUCUGGAACAGUCAAAUCCGCUUCUACCACGGUUUUUUGAAAUGUCUGAAGAACUUAUCACAGCUGAUACAAUGCCAUUUGUAUUAGGACCACAAAUAAAUAUAUCGACACGUGCAGAUCUUGCUGCACGAUACAUGGAUGAACUAAGAGAAACAAUGAAAAAGUUUGAAGCGAAAAUAACGCGCGAUUGCAAACGCCUCAAAGUACAAAUUGAAGAGGCCACAAUACGAUUAGAAGAAAUUGAAGAUGCGGCUGCUGUAUUUGAACAAAACGUUGUCAUCGACGGUGUGGACCCAAUUACACAGCGCAUACCCGCUGAAAAGUUUGUUCAAUUCAUGCACGAAUGGAUGAAAAAAGCGCGUUUUAUAACUGAACGAAUUCGUCUCAAUACUUCCUAUAUGAAAGUCACCUAUUCCAAGUUAAAAGCCCUAUUCGACCAAAAAUCAGAGCUUGGAAUCAGUCUUUCCAACAGUGACUUCGAAGCAUUACGCAUUCGAAAUAAUCACCUAGCCGGAUUAAUAGAACAGAAAAACGUUCAUCUAGUCGAACUGAAGCAAAUCAACGGUGCCGCAUCGCUCGAAUUGGCAACCACAAAGAAAACUUUAUUGGGUUUACAAGUGGCGUAUAAUAAAUUAAAGAGAGGUAUUGAAACUCGCGAAAAACAACGGGAGGAAUUUACCAAUGAAAUCAUUGCCACAUCAAAAGAUUUGAGUGUCGUUAAAGCAAAAUAUCACAAUGUGAAAACCAUUAUAGACAAUUGCAAAGCUCCUGAAACCUUAGCAUACCUACGAGUAAAACAUCAGCACACUGAGUUGAUGAGACAGCACAGAGUGCUCUGUCGCCAGGAAAACUUGAUGGCUAUCACUAGAAGCACGUAUGAAAUGAAUCUUAUAAAGUUAACUCAUAGAAAAACUGUAGAUCCAAAGUGGUAUGAGCCUCUUCAACAAGGGGACGAAGAAGAUUUCGCUGCGCAAGGGGAGGCGGCAGAAGCAAUCGCUUCAGAAUUUGACAUAUUUAAAGCAAUUAAUGUAAAACCCAUCAAGUCUACCACCAGCGCAAAACAAGUAAUCAAGUAAAUUAAUUAAUACUAAACAAAACCAACUAUGUAUAAUAGUAAUAUUGCUAUGUAUUUUUAAAACAAGAGUUGGCUGUAUAUAAACAAUUUUAAAACAUAUAAAAUAACAGGUAAAAUAUAAAGGUUGAACCUAA